AAAUCGAAGGAGCUCUUCUCCAUGUUCUCGAGGUGGGACUCCACCCGGCCCAAGGAGGCCGCGGACGAGGCCGUCGCGGAGCAGCCGAUGCCCGCCCAUUGGCAGCGGCCGUCGACAGUGCACACCGUGCAGCAGCCGCAGGCUCAGCAGCCGCCGCCACGGCUGCCGCCGCAGCAGCAGGUGCAGCAGCAGCAGCAGCAGCAGCAGCAGCAGCCGCCGCCCCUGGGGCAGCAGGCAGCAGGCACCGACCAGGUGUUCGCCGCCAGCGCGGAGCAGCUCAAGGCCCUGGAGGCGGCGAUCCUCGAGCAGCCCGGCCGAGCCGUGCGCAAGAAAGUGCCGUCGUUGAUCUGGCGGGUGUUCUACCGCGAGAUCCGCGAGCUCGCAGGCGAGCUCAAGCGGCUGCAGGGCCGCGGCGGAGGCGGAGCUGCGUCGGCGCCAUCCGUCGCCAGGCUCCAGGGCAGGUUGGCGGCCGCGCUCGCGGAGGCGGAGGCGAGCCUGCAGAGGCUCUGCUCCGCGGUGCAGCGGCGCGUGAGCGCCUCCGAGGCGGGCGCAGCCGCCGCCGACGAGGCCGGCCGUGAAGCCCCGCGCCUGCGCGCGACGCUGCGCGCGCAGCUGCAGUGCCUGGGGCAGAUCCACAUCAUGCUCGCGGACAUCGAGCGUUACCGAUUCAUGCACAGCGUCGGCGACCCUGCCGAGGCGCUCAAUCGCGCGCAAGGGCUCUACUGCUCCGCGCUGGAGGC